AGUUGGAGGAAACUUCUCUUCUCCCCACUCUCUCUGCAAAUGAAUCCCAAGACACCUCCCAAACCCAUUUUUCUUUCCAUUUUUUGCAUUCAACUUUAAAAAAAAAUGGGCAAAGCUUCCAAAUGGUUCCGCAGCAUCCUCGGCCUCAAAAGAAGAGACCCCCACAAGCCUUCUUCCAAACGCCGUUGGAGUUUCGUCAAAUCCUCCCGCGACAAGGACUCCUUUGCCGACACUAACGCAUGCGGUAACAGUAAUGCGAUGACGCCGUCGUCGCAACGCGGUCUUCGGCAGCAUCAGCAAGACUUGAUUUCUGUCGUUGACACGAAUGGUGGGUGUGAUGCAGUGGAUCAUAACAUGCACGCCAUUGCCGUCGCUGCCGCUACAGCGGCGGUUUCCGAGGCGGCUGUUGCGGCUGCUCAAGCUGCGGCGGCGGUAGUCAGGCUCACCAGCAGCAGUGGUAGAUGCGCGCGUGAUCACGUUAGCAGCAGCAGCAGCUACGGGGAACUCGAGGAGUUAACUGCGGUUAAGAUACAAUCUACUUUUCGUGGAUAUCUGGCGAGAAGGGCAUUGCGAGCACUGAAAGGACUGGUGAGGCUUCAGGCAUUGGUUAGAGGCCAUAUUGAAAGGAAAAGAAUUGCAGAAUGGCUAAGAAAUAUUCAAGCAUUGUUGCAAGAACAAGCGCGUACUUGUGCUGGGCGGGCACAAAUUUCUCAAUCUUCCAGACUAAGCAGUAAAUCUUCUCACUUCCAACAUGCAGGUCCACUAACCUUCGAACAUGCAGUUCAACUGAAGAGUUCAAAAUAUGAGCAAUCAUCAAUGUUGAAGAGAAAUGGCUCUAGGUUGAGUGGAAGGAAUCUUGAUAGUUAUGAGCAAAUUGAUGAAAGAAUUGGUCCAAUGGAUGAUGAAAUUGAUGACGGGAUUCUCGAGGUUGAUACUGGAAAACCCCAUUUUGCCUCCAAAUGCCGAAACCUGUUUCACUCAACACAUCUUGCUUUCAGUUCGGAUCUAUACGGUUGCAGUUUCACGAACUCCAGAGACUCGCACCAAAUGGCUCCUUUAAAUCCAUUCAAGUACUCUCGUGAAGUCGAGGAAAGUCCUUUCUGCACUGCUGAUAAUAGUCCGAACUUCUGUUCUGCAUCAUCGAGAGGGGGUAGUUCAAAUAGAAGCCCUUUCACUCCUGCCAUGAGUGAUGGGUCAAGAAGCAAUGUAAGUGGUUACUCAGACCAUCCAAAUUACAUGGCUUACACAGAAUCUUCAAGGGCUAAGGUGAGGUCACUGAGUGCACCAAAACUAAGGCCCCAGCACGACAGAUCCAGUUCGACAAAGAGGUAUUCCAUUCAGGGUAUAGGUGAAUUGAAAUCAAGUACACUGAAGUCCGUCUUGUACACAAACUUCGCAAGCAAAGGUUAUCCCGGUUCGGGUCGCUUGGACAGGCUUGGAAUGCCUGUUGGAUACUGAUAAUAUGGUUUCCCGUAUCCCUUUUGGUUUGGAUUUUCAUGCACAGGGUAGGUGACCUUACGAGAAGGUAAGAAUGGGAGGAUGAAAUGGGGUUUAUUCAUAGUUGUCACUUGUUCCUUUUCUUUAAUCCGUAUUUAGGAAAAGCUAUUGAAGUUAUUAAUUUCUGCAUGUUGACAAAACUCUAGAUAAG